CCCGGCAGCGCUGGCCGGGAGGAGAGCCUGCCUUUCGUGCUGGACCUGCAGAGCUUACCAGGCCUGGCCAAUGUGGACCUGAGCGCCCAGAACCCCAACAUCCAGGUGACCAUUGAAGUGGUGGAUGAUCCUCAGGCUGAAAUGGAGAUGGACUUGUUGAAGGAGACAAGCAAUGACUGGUCCCUGACGUCCUCUGAGUGGUUGUCCCACAAGGACCUCUUCUGGCCCCUCUUCUGGGAAUACACUGACCCUGCUGAAGAAGAGGAGGAGGAAGAGGAAGAGGAGGAGGAAGAGGAUGACAACCUGGAUGCAGGGGACAGGGAGGAGGACGAGGAGGAGGAGGAGGAAGAUUACACAGCAGAGUAUGAGGAGGAGGAAUCCGUGCUCAGUGGAGUGGGAGGUGACUGGGACCAGCGGUGGCCUGGGCAGAAGAACUGGAUCUUCAAGGAAAAAUAUAAUUACGACUAUGAAGAUGAGGAGGAGUGGAGCCCGUGGUCCCCUUGCAGCAUCACCUGUGGCAGUGGCAACCAGAAGAGGACCCGAUCCUGUGGCUAUGCCUGCACAGCGACAGAGUCGAGGACCUGUGACCUGCCGCGCUGCCCUGGAGCAGAGGGGGAAAUGGUCUUCCCCACAGAGGAGACGCCUUUCAAAAGCGACAACACCACAGAGCUGUUCAACUCAGAGGUGGACAGCUGUGAGAAGUGGCUGAACUGCAAGAGUGACUUCCUCACCAAAUACCUGAGCAAGGUGCUGACGGACCUGCCCAGCUGCCCCUGCUCCUACCCACUGGAGGCUGUCUACAGUGCCGUCAACCUGCGGGAUGAGCGGCAGGGCAAGAGCUUCCGAUGGCGGGAUGCCAGUGGCCCCAAGGAACGCCUGGACAUCUACAAGCCAACGGCGCGCUUCUGCCUGCGCUCCAUGCUCUCCCUUGACAGCACCACCCUGGCUGCCCAGCACUGCUGCUACGACGAGCACACCCGAAAAAGGGCUGGUGUCCCCAACCUCAUUAGCACCGAGUUCUCCCCAGAGCUGCACUACAAGGUGGACAUGCUGCCCUGGAUCCUCUGUAAGGGUGACUGGAGCCGCUACCAUGCUGUCCGGCCCCCCAACAACGGGCAACGGUGUGCUGACAACCCCACCGAGGAGGAGUACCUCUCCCAGCUGCAGGAGGCCAAGGAGUACUAG